UUCCAUGACGGGGAGCUAAUUUUCCUCGGGUCAAAAACUUUCGCUGUUUCGAUCCCUUUCUCAUCAUCUCUUCCCAUCCUCUAUCACACCUGUAUUCUCCAUCAUCUCCCCCAACUUCUUCUCCCUCUCCAUCACGCGCGCCUUCAUCUUCUCUCUUCUUGUUGUUUUCAAUAGUAUACCCUUAAUCACACAACCAAUAUGCUCGCCUCGCGCUUCUCCCGAGCUCUGCCCAGGGCUUCGCCCAUCGCUGCUCGCUCAUCAGCAUUCACUCGCGCCCCUCUCGGCGCCAAGUUCGCUCGCUAUGAGUCCACAAACGCCGGCGAGACCGAGAAGGUGCAAGGCAGCGUGAUCGGUAUCGAUCUGGGAACCACAAACUCGGCUGUUGCCAUCAUGGAGGGCAAGGUCCCCAAGAUCAUCGAGAACGCCGAAGGUGCCCGUACCACUCCUUCCGUCGUCGCUUUCGCCGAGGACGGUGAGCGUCUUGUUGGUGUCGCUGCCAAGCGCCAGGCCGUCGUCAACCCUGAGAACACUCUCUUCGCCACCAAGCGUUUAAUAGGACGCAAGUUCAGCGAUAUUGAGGUCCAGCGCGAUAUCAAGGAGGUCCCCUACAAGAUUGUCCAGCACACCAACGGUGAUGCCUGGGUAGCUGCCCGUGGCCAGAACUACUCGCCUUCCCAGAUCGGUGGCUUCGUUCUCAACAAGAUGAAGGAGACUGCCGAGGCCUACUUGUCCAAGAAGGUCAAGAACGCCGUCGUCACUGUUCCCGCCUACUUCAACGACUCUCAGCGUCAGUCCACCAAGGAUGCCGGUCAGAUUGCUGGCCUGAACGUCCUCCGUGUUGUCAACGAGCCUACCGCUGCCGCUCUGGCCUACGGUCUCGAGAAGGAGGCCGACCGCGUCGUCGCUGUCUACGAUCUUGGUGGUGGCACCUUUGAUAUCUCCAUCCUCGAGAUCCAGAACGGUGUCUUCGAGGUCAAGGCCACCAACGGUGACACCCACCUUGGUGGUGAGGAUUUCGACAUCCACCUCGUCCGCCACAUGGUCGAGGACUUCAAGAAGACCUCCAGCAUUGACUUGUCUGGUGACCGCAUGGCUAUCCAGCGUAUCCGUGAGGCUGCCGAGAAGGCCAAGAUUGAGCUGUCCUCUUCUCUCCAGACUGACAUCAACCUUCCCUUCAUCACCGCUGACGCUUCCGGCCCUAAGCACAUCAACAUGAAGCUUACCCGUGCUCAGCUCGAGAAGAUGGUUGAUCCUCUCAUCAGCCGCACCAUCGACCCCGUCCGCAAGGCUCUCAAGGAUGCCAACCUCCAGGCCAAGGACAUUCAGGAGGUUAUCCUCGUCGGUGGUAUGACCCGCAUGCCCAAGGUCAGCGAGUCCGUCAAGAGCAUCUUCGGCCGUGACCCCGCCAAGUCUGUCAACCCCGAUGAGGCUGUCGCCAUUGGUGCUGCUAUCCAGGGUGCUGUUCUCUCUGGUGAGGUCAAGGACCUCCUCCUGCUCGAUGUUACCCCCCUGUCCCUGGGUAUUGAGACCCUCGGUGGCGUGUUCACUCGUCUGAUCAACCGCAACACCACCAUUCCCACCAAGAAGUCUCAGGUCUUCUCCACUGCCGCUGACUUCCAGACCGCCGUCGAGAUCAAGGUCUACCAGGGUGAGCGUGAGCUUGUCAAGGACAACAAGAUGCUCGGCAACUUCCAGCUGGUUGGCAUCCCUCCUGCCCACCGUGGUGUUCCCCAGGUCGAGGUUACCUUCGACAUUGAUGCCGACUCCAUUGUGCACGUCCACGCCAAGGACAAGUCCACCAACAAGGACCAGUCCAUUACUAUCGCCUCCGGCUCUGGUCUCUCCGACAAGGAGAUUGAGCAGAUGGUCGAGGACUCUGAGAAGUACGCUGAGGCCGAUAAGGACCGCAAGGCCGCCAUUGAGGCUGCCAACCGUGCCGACAGCGUUCUCAACGACACUGAGCGCGCUCUGAACGAGUACGCUGACAAGCUGGACAAGGCUGAGGCCGACGGUAUCAAGGAGAAGAUCACCACUCUCCGCGAGUUCAUCGCCACCAGCCAGGCUGGCGAGGGCACCGCUACUGCCACUGAGAUCAAGGAGAAGACCGACGAGCUCCAGAUGGCCAGCUUGAACCUCUUCGACAAGAUGCACAAGGCCCGCAACGAGGCUGGCGAGCAGCAGCAGGAGUCUGAGCAGCCCAAGGAGGGUGAGAAGAAGGACGAGAACAAGCCUUAAAAAAGCUUGUCACGUCUUCACCAAGCUCAUGCUUAUGUUUCCAAUGUUUGUGAGAAUAUGAGCGGCGUGUUGAGGAUUGCCUCGCCGCUCGAUGUAUCUAUCCUGUACUCAUACUUCCGCCUUACCUUUGCGUUACAUGUUUGCGCUUGCUUUUAAUACCACGGUUGGCGGAUUGGCGUUGGUGCAUCAAAACUUUGUUCCGAGGAACCUACGGAUUGUAUUACGAAACUUUUGGGCAAUGGUCCUCGGUGGGGUGGUUUGGAUUACUUGUACAAACAGCCAAGCUAGAUGAUAAUUUACCUUCCCCCCUCCUCACUAC